AGACAUGUGGGUCAAUUGAAGAGAAGGACAGAUGUAUUUGCACAGUGAGAGAAGUGCAGUAGAGUGUCAGCUCUUGCACCUAGAGUGCAGCAAAUCAGCUACCUUAUCUGUCUCUGCGCCUCCUCCUUACUUACCUUUGGGAAGCUGAACAACAUCACUGCCCCAGCUGUUCCCCUACUGGCUCCCUCCUUUCAUCUGCCACCAGGUUCAUGUGUGGGGACCAACCUUAUAUGGACUGAUCACUCCAGCAAUGGCUUAUUUUUUUCAGGCAGCAAGCAACAGCUCAGUGUGCUUCAGCCAGACCCUGAAGUAAGAGCACUUUGGCAUUUUUCCUGGAGUUACAAACUAUUUCAGAGGACACUCUCUGAUUAUCUCCCAUCUGCAGCAGAUCCACACAGCGCUUCAGCCCCUGCCUGUGAUCCCUUCUGUGUGUGGUGCUGCUCCUUUUCCUGUUGCUGUUGUGGCUUUUUUUUUUUUUUUUUUUUUUUGCUGCUGCUGUUCCUGUUGCUGUUUGGUUAUUUAUUUAUUUUUCCUCCUAUCCUGAUUUUUUUUCUGUUGCAAAGAGGAUUUGUCAUCUCUGGUGAUUCAAGUUUUCCUGCAACCAUUUGAGUAGAACAUGUCCUCUAUCACCAACACAAAGACUGGGUUUUCUGUCAAGGACAUUUUAGACCUGCCUGACACCAAUGAUGAAGAAGGAUCCAUUACUGAGGGGGCGGAUGAAGACGCAGAAGCGACUGAGCCCCCCAAAAAAUCUGGAGGUUUAGGGCAAAGCAGCAUAGAUACCGUGCAAGGUCUGCCUUUGAAAAACCCAUUCUAUGACAACAGUGAUAAUCCUUAUACACGAUGGCUGGCUACUACUGAGAGCAUCCAGUAUUCCUUGCACGGGUUUGCAUCCAGCAAUUCCCAACAGGACUCCUCGCCCAAAUCCCCUGAACCCUCUGCUGACGAGUCCCCAGACAACGACAAGGAAACUUCAAGCAAUGCGGACUCUGGGAAGAAAAGAAAGAGACGGGUGCUGUUCUCCAAGGCACAGACUUAUGAACUGGAAAGGAGAUUUAGGCAGCAGAGGUACCUCUCAGCCCCUGAGAGAGAGCACCUGGCCAGUCUGAUCCGGCUCACACCCACACAGGUGAAGAUCUGGUUCCAGAACCACAGGUACAAGAUGAAGAGGGCACGGGCAGAGAAAGUGAGGGCAGAACUGUCGAAGAGAAUAUUGGAUCAACUGUACCUAAGAUUUCUGACUAUAGAUGCACCUGCUGCCACCUGUAAUCGGUUUAGUCUGUUACAUAUUAACAAAAGUGUUGGGAAAAUCGAUAUAAACCUACAAUAAUGGACAAGAAAAGAAGUGAUUCUACUUGUUUCACACACAUAGGAGUAGAAAAAAAGAGAGAGAGCGAGAAGGAAAAAAAAUCUGGACGUCAUAAUUAAUUGAAUAUUUACAUUGACUGCCGGAUACAAUGUCUUUUGUAUAUCAACAUUUUUCAAUGCCUCAAUUGUGUUCUGUCCUUCAAAAUAGCACAAGACAGCAGAGCGCUGACAAAUGAACUGGGAAGUAUUAUAUUACACACACAAAUGUAAAACACAAGUAAGGAGCCGAAUUUAAAGAUUUUUUUUUUCUUUUGGUAAAUGAAUUAAAGUAAAUAAUCCCAAAAGGGGAAAUUAUGGUUUGUUAAAUAUCCACCAGAUCCCGUUGCUUUGUGGAUCGGUAACUAGCUUUGUAUAAAUUGAUUAGUAGGUAUUUCAGGUUACACAGAGGGAAGGAAAUUGGAACUUGAUUUUUUUCGGGUAAGGAGGCUAAUGCAAUAUUGGGAAAUUGGCGUUGAAAUUGGAUAUAUAGUAGUUAGGAGCUUUAAUACUCUUCAACACCCUUCAGUGUUUGUUUGAGCUGGAAGUCAAACGUUCAGUGGAUUUUAUUUCCUAAAAUGCUGGCAAGAUCAGAGAUAACCCAGUAACAACGAUAACACGAGUUAACACCUUGGCAUGUUGCUCUCUACCUAUUGACCAUUAGGCUUAGACCAAACCUUAACUGUGGAUCUUCGCGAAAGAGUUUGGUCAAUGAAAAAGCUAAUCCAAUAUUUACAAAAGUACAAUGACAUUUCUCAGUUGUAAUUAUGGGGGGCAAUUACUGAGUGAUUGCUUGAAGUGGUAAAACAAAUGCUUGUUAUUGUGGGGUGAGUGAGGAGUGGAGGGGGGGGGGG